UUUGGGCAGUAGAAAGAGAGAAUCAAUCAAACCCAAAUUAAUACAGAAAGCGAGAAAUGGCGAUGGCUGCAACUCUGGCGAGGCGAAGGGCGGCGGCGCUGUUGUCUCCAUCAUCAAAGCAGCUUCACAGCGGAGCCAAAUACUCGUGGAUUCUUAGCAGGGGAUUUGCCACCGGAUCUGAUGAAAAUGAUGUAGUCAUUAUUGGCGGUGGCCCUGGAGGCUACGUUGCCGCAAUCAAGGCGGCGCAGCUAGGCCUCAAGACUACCUGUAUCGAGAAGCGAGGCACCCUCGGAGGUACCUGCCUCAACGUCGGCUGUAUCCCUUCUAAGGCAUUGCUUCAUUCCUCUCACAUGUAUCAUGAAGCAAAGAGUUCGUUUGCCCAUCAUGGUAUUAAGGUUUCUUCAGUCGAGGUUGAUGUACCUGCAAUGCUGGCCCAAAAAGAUAAAGCAGUGGGUAACUUGACUAAAGGUAUUGAAGGUCUCUUCAAGAAGAACAAAGUGAACUACGUGAAGGGGUAUGGAAAGUUCCUAUCUCCAUCUGAAGUUUCUGUUGAUACUAUAGAUGGUGGCAACACAACUGUGAAAGGGAAGCACAUUAUAGUAGCAACUGGUUCAGAUGUGAAGAGUCUCCCAGGGAUAACCAUUGAUGAAGAGAGAAUCGUAUCAUCUACUGGAGCUUUAUCCUUGAAGGAGGUUCCUAAGAGACUUAUAGUGAUAGGGGCUGGUUAUAUUGGUCUUGAAAUGGGUUCUGUUUGGGGUCGCCUUGGGUCAGAGGUAAUUGUAGUUGAAUUUGCAGCUGACAUAGUUCCAAGCAUGGACGGUGAAGUGCGGAAACAAUUUCAACGAUCCCUUGAGAAGCAGAAAAUGAAAUUCAUGCUCAAAACCAAGGUCGUGUCUGUUGACACCACAGGAAGUGGUGUGAAGUUGACCCUUGAGCCAUCAGCUGGUGGCGAGCAGACCACACUCGAGGCUGAUGUUGUUCUGGUUUCUGCUGGAAGAACACCUUUCACUGCUGGACUCCAGUUGGAGAAGAUAGGGGUUGAAACUGACAAGAUUGGGCGCAUCUUGGUGAAUGAGCGGUUUGCCACUAACGUGCCAGGAGUAUAUGCGAUUGGUGAUGUAAUUCCCGGACCUAUGUUGGCUCACAAAGCUGAAGAAGAUGGUGUUGCAUGUGUAGAGUACAUUGCUGGCAAGGAGGGUCACGUGGACUACGACUUGGUCCCAGGAGUUGUGUACACACACCCUGAGGUGGCGUCAGUGGGGAAAACUGAGGAGCAGGUGAAGACCCUUGGAGUUGAAUAUCGCGUGGGGAAGUUUCCUUUGUUGGCAAACAGCAGAGCCAAGGCAAUUGAUGAUGCUGAGGGUCUGGUGAAAAUAAUUGCUGAGAAAGAGAGUGACAAGAUCUUGGGAGUCCACAUAAUGGCACCGAAUGCUGGGGAGCUAAUUCACGAAGCUGCUUUGGCUUUGGCGUAUGGAGCAUCCAGCGAAGACAUUGCCCGAACAUGCCAUGCUCAUCCAACAAUGAGUGAAGCACUGAAGGAGGCCGCCAUGGCCACUUUCGACAAACCCAUUCACAUUUAGAAACCGACACACCCAUGGAAUCUCGUCUUAUUCUGUUUUUUUCAUAAUUAAUUCCAAGAGUUGUUUAUUGGAGCUACAACAUAUUCUCGUGAUCAACUUGAUAAAUGAUUGAACUAUAUUUCUUCAGUUUUCAUUUCAUAUGAUUUCGGUGCUUUGUACUCGAAUGCUUCUGCAUUAUGAUGUAAUAACAUCACGAGCUGUGUAAAUUUUGAGCU